UGGUUCCCUGAAAUAAACGUAGGGAGGCAUCACUCAAACUUUAAACACGUCUCAUUGGAAAAAAAAAACACACACACAAAAACAAAUCUGGAUUUCAGGAAGGGUAAGCCAUCGCACAUUUUCUGUCCAUGUGUUAAAAUUAGUGCAGGGAGCGUUAUUUUAGACAGCAGCCCACUCCAGUGGCUCACUAAUGAACGGGUUUAACAAACUAUCAUUAGGCUAGUGUUUAGAUUAGGAGCUGACACUUGGUACAGUUUAGACGACUAUUUAGUCUCGAAUGCAACCAGAUAAAGUUGUUAUUUCAACACCGAGGAUGCCACCCUGGGCGUCCUUUCAAGGAAGGGAGACUGGAGAAUGAAAGCGACAUUUUUGCUUCUUUAAUCGGACGAUUGAUCGGCGAAGGCACCUUCCUCCUCUUCUUUUUCUUUUUGGACUGAUCCAAAAAUAUUUUUGCGUGCCCCUUGGACUCCUGCACAAUGGGGAUUAUGCUUCAAGUUAUUCUAGGAAUGUUUCAAUUCCUGCUGCUCACCAGAAUACCGACGUCCCAUGCCAAGCUCGCUCACUGGCGCCCGGCAGACUCCCCAAAAUCCAGGGAAGGUCGAGAAGUGCGGCGGUGGCUGGAGGUUUAUUCACGGAGCGGCUGUGAACCUCGGGAAACGCUGGUUGAGGUGUGGCGGGAGUUGCCGGGGGAGACGCACCAUCUCUUCGUCCCAUCCUGCGUGUCGGUGAGGCGAUGUGGUGGCUGUUGUGCUGACGAGGCCCUGGAGUGUGUUCCCUCACUCACACACACACUCACCAUGGAGCUGAUGAGAACCUCCUUCAUGAAACAUGAGCUCAUUGAGCUGCCCUUCAUCGAGCACAGCCAGUGUGAGUGCAGAUUAAAAGAACAAUUUCAGCCGACGGCAGCCACAAGGCCCCAUCUGAAGCCAACAAGAAAAGACCAGAAGAGAGAGGGAAAGAGGGGAAGAAAAGAGAGGGCAAAGUCCAGACAGAAGACAACUGGAGCGAUCGGAGCGGCGCUGAGUGUUGCGACCCAUGCACCCCCUGUUCUUCCUCCCCCAUCCUCUCCUCCUCCUCCUCCUCCUCCUCCAUCACCUCCACCCACCAGCAUCUCUCCCUCACCCUCACCGUCGCCAUCUCCAAUACCUCGUUGUCGCCCCUGCAGAGGGAGGAAGUGGGUGCUGGAUGUGGCGUCUUGUCAGUGUCGCUGCACCAUCAGUGCUGAAAGCUGCAGCCGGAAAGAUCGAAGGCUCAACCUUCAACGUUGCAGGUGUGAUGCCAUGAGGACAUGAUGCGUCCACGGAGUUUCUGUUCGCCUCCCUGUUUCCUCCAGUAUCUGCUGAUUCAUCACCCACUCUCGGCAUCAGUGUCAUGGAACAUACAGACAAAUCGGACAUCAAGUACCUCAAACCGAAGGAAAUGGAACCUGUAGUAGGGCUCAACAUGUUCAGGCCCCAACAUGUGCAGCAUUACAGCCUGAAUAUAGAUCUACGUGUGUGUGUGUGUGUGUGUGUGUG